GUUGCCGGUCUGCUAGCUGAACGCAGCACAGGACAAGGGCUGAGGAGUCUGUGCCAGAGAUGAACCUAGCCACACAAUGAAGCCAGAGGCGCGCUCGGAGGUCCAGGACGCCGCUCGCACAUUCGGGGUGCCUUCUGCCCCUCGGCCUGGGCCCGAGACCUUGUACCAGCCUUUGGGACUGCCUCCCGGAGGAGCCCGACAAGCCCAGGCAGUGGCUGCCUGAGCCGCCCGUGAGUGUCCCAGCCGACCCGGGAGAGACGGCCCCACUCUAGGCUCCGGGCCGGCAGGGAAGCUUGGCCCUGAGUUCCAGUAGGACAGCAGCCAGAGGCAAGCACUGAGGGGCCAAGGAGAUGGAAGAACAGGUGUUCAAGGGGGACCCAGACACUCCUCAUUCCAUCUCCUUCUCCGGCAGUGGAUUUCUCUCCUUCUACCAGGCCGGGGCUGUGGAUGCCCUUCGAGACUUGGCCCCCCGGAUGCUGGAAACGACCCAUCGCUUUGCCGGGACGUCGGCGGGGGCAGUGAUUGCGGCCCUGGUCAUCUGCGGGAUUGAAAUGGAUGAGUACCUCAGGGUCCUCAAUGUAGGUGUGGCCGAGGUGAAGAAAUCCUUCCUGGGACCCUUGUCCCCAUCUUGCAAGAUGGUGCAGAUGAUGAGGCAGUUUCUGUACAAGGUCCUGCCUGAGGACUCUUACAAGGCCGCCACGGGGAAGCUCCACGUGUCCCUCACGCGGUUCACAGAUGGAGAGAGUGUCGUGGUUUCAGAGUACACAUCCAAGGAAGAGCUCAUCGAGGCACUCUACUGCAGCUGCUUUGUCCCCGUGUACUGCGGCCUCAUUCCUCCAACUUACCGGGGCGUGCGCUACAUCGAUGGGGGCUUCACGGGCAUGCAGCCCUGCUCCUUCUGGACCGACUCUAUCACCAUCUCUACCUUCAGCGGGCAGCAGGACAUCUGCCCCCGGGACUGCCCCGCCAUCUUCCACGACUUCCGCAUGUUCAACUGCUCCUUCCAGUUCUCCCUGGAGAACAUUGCCAGGAUGACCCAUGCCUUGUUCCCGCCAGACCUGCUGAUCCUGCACAACUACUACUACCGAGGGUACGAAGAUGCCGUUUCCUACUUGAGGAGGUUGAAUGAUGCUUAUCUCAAUUCUCCCUCCAAGAGAGUGAUGUUCCCCCGCGUAGAAGUGUACUGCAAUAUAGAACUUGCCCUUGGCAAUGAGUGCCCUGAAGGCAGCCAGUCAAGCCUCCAGACAGAAGAGGAAUCCAUACAACUUCACGCACAGUGGGCUCCCAAAGAGGAAGGAAAGGACAACCAUGGUCCCCUUGUGUUCUCGCCUGUGGAGAGACCUGAAUCCACACGUGAGCGUCCUGUAGAAUCACCCGUUUCACCAGCUGGCUCUUCAUUUGAGCAGUCACCUGCCACUGCGCUGGCCUCAUCACCAUCACAUUCUCCAGCUGACCCGAUGCCUGCAUCACUCCCAGCUGUGCACUUAGCACUCAGCUCAACACCUGUCCAAUCACAGCAGCAGGUACAAACGACCGGAUCACCACCAAGAUCCCCAUCCUCCCAGUCAUCUGUGUCACCCAGGCCACCGGCUGUAGUGACAUCUCCAACAUUGCCCCAAUGUUCUCCUUCAGCGUCACCUACACAGCUACCCAUGGAAGACCUGGGCCCAGAACAGCCCCAAGCUCCCCUUGCCUCUUCAAGUCGGAAAGGUGCCAUGCCUGUGGUUAACGUGAAGGAAGCCACCAACAAGCCCUAUGCAAUGGACAACCCUGCUGAAGACUCAAGUUGGAUGAGCAAAAUAUUCAAGAAGAACAAACAAAAGACAAAUGGCACCAGAAAAGGCUUCCCAAGACAUCCACGGUCCAAAAAACCAGGCAGCAAAGUGCAGUCUGCUCCCUGCCCACUCGACUUCUCUCUGCUCUCCACGUCUGAGACAGUUUGGGUCACCUACAGGCCUCAUCCCAGAUCCAGGAAUACAGCUACAGGCCGGAUCCAGGAAUACAGCUGCCCCGAGGAAACUGUGAGCCGAGAGAGAAAACUUGAGCUGGAAUGGGAGAGAACCUGAUGACCCCAUGGUAGAGCCUUCUCCCCAAGGCUCUCAGAUGCAGUCCCCUCACCCUAUGCCUUCUGGGGACCAGGUGUUACCCACUAGCAAGCCUGUUGGUGUGGAGAGUCCUGAUUCCCCUGGGUGAGCACUUCCUUGUCUGAACAUCCUCUCGGCCCCGGCCUGACUUUGCUUCUUUGAGACGGGGCCAUGUCAGACCCCGGCCCCCCAGAAUCUAGUCUACAGGGCCAAACCCUUGGGGAUCGAGCGGUACUGAGCCACGGACGCACUUUCCUCUUUCCCAUCAAGAGAUCAGGCUCUUUUCCUUUGCUUUGUUUUGUUUUUAAUUCUCUCACUGUCCCAAAGGCUUGACUUAGAACCACGGGACUCUGCCUCAGCUGCUCCCUGGAAUCACUCGUGGAGCUGAUCCAGCACGAGGUCAUGAUAAGCUCCCCAGGGCUUGUGUGGUGUGGCUGCGUGAGCCAGCCAUCCUGGACUUCCCUGAGUCCUGGUGUGGUUGUAGAGGACACAGAGGCCAAACGUCCCUUCCCCUCCCAUCCCCCAGCAUGAGGGCGACACGAGGGCAGACCUUGUCUGCUGUUCACACCUCAGUUAAAAUGUUCCACAGCAAAGACUUCAGCCUCAAUUUUUCCAGCCCAGCCAGAAAAAAAUUAGCCCCACUGCUCACUGGAGUGUGGAUAGCUUCCAGCCCCAGCCAGGCCCAGUAAGGAAGCCUGGGCUGCCCACGGCCUCGGAUGUAUUUGCUUUGCAAAUCCUGGAAUGCAAACCCCAGAGGACUGGGUGGAAGACAGCCCUGAGCUUGGCUGGGGCCUCUGGAGGAUGCAUGCAAAUUUUAGCCAUGGAGGGCAGGGGGCUGUGGCAAGAGGGCCUGGCGGAGCCUACAUCUAACAGGACCACGUCAGGGAGCAGGAGUCCACACAAGCUCCCUUUAGAACGUUCUGCCAGGAAGAAUUUAAUUUAACUGUACCUUUGAGAAGCUGAGAAGAAUCAAAUCUCAGGUGUUCUUGCACCCUGUUCCUACUCCAGGUCUGUGGCUCAGACCAGUCAAGGGGAGCGCCCUGGGGACCAUGUGGGGGCGGAGAGACAAGUCCACGGCGGUCCCCUAGCCUCUCCCCCAGGAGUGGUCUUGUGGUUUGCAGGUGGGCGCGGCCAGAGCCCUUGAGACCUGUGAACCAGGGGAGGGAGGGUUUCAGGCUCGCACAACUUGGGAAUGCUUAUGCCCUGCUGUGCAAGGGGGAACUGAACAUGACAUUAACUGUUGUUUGACCUGAAAGCCUGUAUUCAGAGCCCAGAUGCCCUUCUGUUAGAGUCAGGUUACAGUUAGAAUCAAUAAAUUCCUGUGUAUAUUUCCCUUCAUUUUUCAUAUGUCCCUUUUCCCCAUUAGGAGGCAAUUAAGAGAAUUGUUCUUGCGUUGGUUUCAGGGCCGCUGGAUAAAAUACAGGACAUCUUGUUCAAUUUGGAUUUCAGAGAAACAAUGAAUAGUUAGCAUGAGUAUGGCCCCAGUAUUGCUAUUAUUUGUUGUGUAUCUGAAAUUCAAAUUUAACUAGGCCACCCAUAUUUUUAUUUGCUAAAUUUGGCAACUCCAAUUAGUUCCUUUCUCCUUAUCUUUCUUUUCUCUUAAAGCCAAUACUAGUGGAUUGGUUUUUGAUGUGUCAGUCACUGUGGUUCAGAAUUGGAGCUCUCACUAGUGUGGAGGUCAAGGGCAGAGCACACUCUGGUCUUCCAAACAAGCACAUCCAAAUGACCCCUGAGGCUCUGCCCUCCCUGUAACUCAGCUAACAUCCCGAACUCAACCAGGUCUUGGCUGACCCCAUUAUCUCUGACUCACUGAGCCUCCUGACUUCUCAGGGUCAGAAAUUAGGUUAAUUAAAAGUCCUGAUGUCACUUACCCACCUUUUGAAAGCGAUUCGAAGCAGCAGGGUGUCCCAUGCACCUCGGUGCUCUCGAAAGCCUCUGUGGUGUGAGUUGAGGGAGCCCCACCCUCACACAAUGGUGUCCCACGCUCCUACAUUCCUACUGGCACAAGAUUCCCAUAGCUAGCGAGGUCCACGAGCAUCCCAAGGGCAGGGGUUGUGCCUUCUGCAUUUGUUCAUUCCAUAGAGCUAGAUCAGACCUGGCACAUAGUAAAUGCUCAAUAAGUAUUGGUUGGGAAAAAGAACUCAUGGAUUAGACAACAAGGAGAGGCACUAAAACAGGGGUUCUGGGAGCUGGGUCCUGGCCUGGUUCUGUCUGUAGGUGGUUACGUGACCUUGAACGAGGCACCUGCCCCUUCUGAGCCUCAGCUUUUUCAUCUAUGAAGUGAGGCACUGCCCUCUUCUGCCCUCCUCAGAGCAUGACAGUGAGGCUUCAAGGGUUGGAAGCGGAAAGUGGUUUGGAAAGAAGACAAGCUGUGCACACCAGAGGGUCGCCCUCCCCAGGCAGCCCCUGGAAAGACUCCUGUGUUAUCUGAGAGAGGGGAGAGGAGGCCUUCGACGCCUUCCAGCAGAGACCACAUUCUCUGGACCAAAAGCCAGACACUGUGUUCAGUCCAUUUUUACCCUGGUUCUGAAUGGCCAAAAUUAGGGACUUAGUAAAACAGAUGGUGUAGAAUCAAGACUGGCCCAGAUUUUCCUGGACAUAUAAUUAACUGUCAUCCUAAGGGUCCCAGAGUUGUAGGAUGUCAGGUCCAGAGGGCAAGUAUCAUGUCCCUGACGUCCCUCAGCCUGUGGGGAGCUGGACUAAAACCCAGGUCUCCUGAUGCCCAGGGCACUUCAUUACUGUCUUAGCAAGUUGGCGUUCAAGGACGGGACACCUGGGGAGCAACCAGAGAGGGCCCCCAGGCGGGGACAAGGGGGCUGACCCUCACAGCCUUGCAGGCGCCAGACUGGCCUAGUUGUGGCGGGUGGGCUCCCAUCUUGCCACCACUGUGAAUAAUCCAGAUUAGACCUUUGUGCAAGUCAAUUUCUUUAUUUGCUUAAAUAACACAGUACAAAAAUGAGACUCAGAUGCCAGCAUCGGGAACUCAUACCAAAUAGUCAUAUAGCUUAAAGAACAUCAUUCUAAAUAAGAAACAAUGUACAGAAGGUUCCUGACCCUCAUGUCCGAUCUGGUUCUGAUCCUUCACA